CUUCAAGUCCUAACACAGAAGCAACCGAUUUGGUCGUUUGGCACCCGCGACCGCAAGCUCACCUUCUCGUCUCAUUCUUCAACCUCGAUCGACGAAAGGCUGGGCAGUGGCUACAACGAUGUCGUAUUUGGUGUCUUCUUUAUUAGUUUUGGUGGCCAUUUCCGGCUUCCAUCCCCAGGUCAUUGCAGUCAAACCGGUUCCCAGUAUCAAACUUAACUCUCGUAUUCUUCAGGAGUCAAUAGUUAAACAGAUAAACGAGGACCCUAAGGCUGGAUGGGAAGCUGCCAUGAAUCCUCAAUUCUCUAAUUAUACUGUUGGGCAAUUUAAGUACCUUCUUGGAGUCAAACCAACACCUCGAAAGGAUUUGUGGAAUACCCCUCUUAUAACUCAUCCAAAAUCCUUUAAAUUGCCAAGUAGUUUUGAUGCGAGAAUUGCUUGGCCACAAUGUAGCACAAUUGGAAGAAUUCUAGGUUAGUUACUUUGUUGGUUCUAGUAUUUUGUCUGUUGGGUUUUUAUGUUUCAGGGUCACUGUGGUUCUUGUUGGGCGUUUGGUGCUGUUGAAUCACUAACAGAUCGUUUUUGCAUCCAUUUUGGCAUGAAUAUAUCUCUAUCUGUCAAUGAUCUAUUAGCAUGCUGUGGGUUUAUGUGUGGAAGUGGUUGUGAUGGGGGGUAUCCAAUUUAUGCUUGGCGAUACUUUGUCCACCACGGUGUUGUAACUGAAGAGUGUGACCCAUACUUUGACGAUAUUGGCUGUUCCCACCCUGGCUGUGAGCCUGCAUAUCCUACUCCCAACUGCGUAAGGAAGUGUGUAGAUAAGAACCAGCUAUGGAGGGAUUCAAAGCACUAUGGUGUUAGUGCAUAUAGAAUCAACUCUGAUCCCUACAGUAUUAUGGCAGAAGUUUAUAAGAAUGGACCAGUUGAGGUCUCCUUCACUGUUUAUGAGGAUUUUGCUCAUUACAAAUCUGGAGUUUACAAACACGUUGCAGGUGAUGUAAUGGGAGGUCAUGCCGUUAAGCUAAUUGGAUGGGGGGCAACUGCUUCCGGAGAGGACUAUUGGCUUCUUGCGAAUCAGUGGAAUAGAAGCUGGGGUGAUGAUGGUUAUUUCAUGAUCAGAAGAGGGAUGAACGAGUGUGGUAUUGAAGAGGACGUGGUUGCUGGUUUGCCUUCAUCCAAAAAUCUUUUAAGAGAAGUUGCAACUGUGGAUGGUGUUGCAGAUGUUUCAGUCUGACAAUAGGUUACUCUAGAUGAGGAUCCCCUGUUAUUAAGCUGUGUGGACAGUUGGAUUCCACAUCUUAGGAUGUGGUUGCUGGUUUGUUCCGGGCAAGUAGGUCCUGCAUCUUAGCCUGUCCGGGGCAGGUAGGUUUCACAAACCCCUCUCUUAGGCUGCCAAAUUCUGGCUUAAUAACAGGGGAUCAUAAUCAGGUUAUUCUUCCCAUCAGAACUUUUAUUUAUGACCGUUGGGGGAGCUGGAAGUGUUAAAACAUGGAUUAAUUAUGCCAUCAAAGCAUCAAACUGAUACCAAUUAGAUGCUGAUUGGGUGUGAAGGCUAUAAUUGAUUUGUGCAAGUAAUUUUAUUGAGACUGGGGCAUUGAAUAAUCGAUACACAGAGAUACUGUUCUAUUGAUGCAUUCACGAUAUUAGCAAAAUCCAUGUAUAACUGAGCUGCAAAAACUACCCUGGUAGUAGUUUGUUUGUUUGUUUU